AUGAUGGGAAGCAGCUCAGAAUCAAAGGCAAACUGGAAUGAAUUGAGCUAUGAUAUUCUGAUAAAAAUUUUCAUGAACCUCACUUUUGUGGACCUUUCAGCAGUCUCACAGGUUUGUCGUUCUUGGCGUGAAGCUUGUUCUAGCUCUGAAAUUUGGAAUAAGCUUGAUAUGAGUAUACUCAACUGUAAGCUUUGCAACAAUAAGUCCAAGACACCAUUAGCUUGGUCUGAUGAAUAUUCAAGUGCAACAUUGUCUCAAAUGUUGAAGGAUGCUCUUAGUCUGAGCAAUGGAAAUACAAGUUGCUUAAUAUUUCAUUACUUUAUACCCAUAACAGAUGAGCACUUAGUCUCUGCCGCUGAAAGGACCCGAAAUCUCAAACGACUAGUUCUACCAGGCUGGGGAAACAUAUCAAACACAGGAGUGUACCAAGCUAUGAAAUUAUGGAGAAACCUUGAGUCCAUGACUAUAACCUCCAACUUUAACCACCCUUUUGUUUUUGCUGCAAUUGGAAGAUACUGCAAGAAUUUCUAUGAACUGAAAAUUACAUGCAGCUUCAGCAUAGAGCUUGCUGAUGCAUUGAUCAAGCAUACUCCAAAUCUCAAGGUUCUAAGUAUUAGGAGCACAAUGGUGAACAAGAAAGCUUUGUUCAGUGUGCUUGAUAGCUUGGAGCAUUUGGAGGUAGUAAACAUAUGUCACAGCCUCAUUUUGGAGAAAACUAGUGCAAGUCCUACAUAUGUGGUGUACCCAAUUCAUGAACUUCCAAACCAUUUGAAUGAAUCGUGUCUGAAAAAGCUUCUUACUUGUCAAGCAAAAACAUGCAUUAGGUGCAAGUAUGGGCGUGUCAAUAGUCAAAGAAAGAAGGAAUAUGAAUUCCUUGAGAUUCUUUGGAGGGAGGAUGAAAUAACCUCUCUUGCACAUUAA